AUGUCAAAUUCAAAUUCAAAUUCAGAUCAAAUUACUUUAGGUACUUAUUUAUUUAAAAGAUUAAAUCAAAAACCAGUUGAUGUUAAAAAUGUUUUCGGAGUCCCUGGGGAUUUCAAUUUAGCAUUAUUAGACCACAUUGAUGAAGUUGAAGGUAUGAAAUGGGUUGGAAGUGUUAAUGAAUUAAAUGCUGGUUAUUCAGCUGAUGGUUAUUCAAGAGUUAAAAAUGGAUUUUCAGCUUCUGGUUCUGCAAUUGGAGCUGUUAUUACAACUUUUGGUGUUGGUGAAUUAUCAGCAGUUAAUGCAAUUGCUGGUGCUUAUUCAGAACAUAUUGGUUUGGUUCAUAUUGUUGGUAUUCCAUCAAUUGAAGCACAAAAGCAAGAAUUAUUAUUACAUCAUACUUUAGGAAAUGGUGAUUUUACAGUUUUUCAAAAAAUCUCCCAAUUUAUAUCAGAAACAACUGCUGCAUUAUCAGAUAUCAAUACUGCAUGUGAAGAAAUUGAUAGAGUUAUUGAAUCAGCUUUUGUUAAUCAAAGACCAACUUAUUUAGCUUUCCCAUCAAAUUUGGUCAAUUCAAAAGUUCCAAAAUCAAAAUUAGAUAAACCAUUAAAUUUAACUCCACCACCAAAUAAUAAACAGAUACAAGAAGAAGUUUUAGAUACUAUAAUUGAUUUACUUGCAAAAUCUAAAAGUCCAGUCAUUAUAGUUGAUGCAUGUUGUAAUAGACAUAAUGCAACUUAUGAAGCAAGUAAAUUAAUUGAAUUAUCAAAUUUUAGAUUUGCUGUUACACCAAUGGCUAAAGGUUCAAGAGAUAUUGAUGAAAGUGAUCCAAGAUUUAUUGGUUGUUAUGUUGGUGAUUUAUCAUAUCCACAAGUUAAAGAUUUAGUUGAAUCAUCGGAUUUAGUUCUAUCUUUAGGUGCUGUUUUAUCAGAUUUCAAUACUGGUGCAUUUUCAUAUUCAUUAGAUACUUCAAAAGUUGUUGAAUUCCAUUCAGAUUAUACUAAAAUUAAAUCAGCUCAAUAUCCAAAAAUUAGAAUGAAGGAAUUAUUAGGUAAAUUAGUUGAAUCACCAAAAUUAAAAGAAAUUGUUGAAAAGAAUGAAAAACCGGUCAUUAAAACUGAUGAAUUUGAACCAGUACAAUUAAAAGAUGACGAAACAAUUACUCAAGCUUGGUUAUGGACUAAUUUAGGUGGUUGGUUAAAAGAAGGUGAUGUUAUCAUAACUGAAACUGGUACUUCAAAUUUCGGUAUAAUUCAAACAAAAUUCCCAAAAAAUACAAUUGGUAUUUCACAAGUUUUAUGGGGUUCUAUUGGUUAUUCAGUUGGAGCAGCUGCUGGUGCAGUUAUUGCAGCUGAAGAAGUUGAUAAAUCAAGAAGAGUUAUAUUAUUUGUUGGUGAUGGUUCAUUACAAUUAACUGUUCAAGAAUUAUCAACAAUGGUUAGACAUAAAAAUAAUAUUUACAUCUUUGUUAUAAACAAUUCAGGUUUUACAAUUGAAAGAUUAAUUCAUGGCUUACAUGCUUCAUAUAAUGAUAUUCAAUCAUGGGAACAUACCGAUUUAUUAAAAUUAUUCAAAGCUGAAAAUUUUGAAUCAUUAAGAGUUAACAAUGUUGGAGAAAUUAAAAAAUUAUUUGCUGAUGAAGAAUUUUCAAAAAAUACUAAAAUAAGAUUAGUUGAAGUUAUGAUGGAAAUGUUAGAUGCACCAGAAAAUUUGGUUAAACAAGCAGAAAAAUCAUCAGAAACUAAUGAUGGUUAA